UAAUACGUCGUCGUUUCCAUGCACGAAAAAUCAAAAAAAGAAUGUUUUUGCCUUUUUUUUUCCUAACCGCUAAUCACGCUCAAAAUCACCCACACCACAAUCUCAGCCUCAGCAAAAUCCUCUGACGUGGCGCAUCCUCAUUGGUCACACUUCACAACACGUAACCACAACAAAAAAAACCAAAACCUUUGCAUUUUCUUCCUGACCAACCACACCAUAGUCCACACCGUAACUCCACGUUACCAUCCCCACCCUAUCAUCCACCCCCUCAGAAGCGCUUUCCGCCACCGCUCCUCCUUUUUUUCUUUUUUUUCUCUCUUUUCCGCUUUCCCCUUUCGCUUGUAGUGUGGCCCCGCGACACCAUCAUCACGCACCCUUCCUUCCUUGACCUCGGUAUUGCAAUAAAUCACACAAAUGGGUGCUUCAAAAAAGUCAAAGCUCGAACCUUUAUGUUGCUUUAGCUCUCAAUGCUUCUCUGAAACCCGCGUUCCCAUUGCUCUUUGCGCCAAUGGCCGAGUCGUCUCCGCCGGCAACGCCGGAACUGAAACCCGAGCUCGGUAUCGGAUCCGGGUCGGGUCGGAAACCGGGAAUAAGGAGAGUGGGUUUGAGAGCUGAAAUUGAUACUUCGCCGCCUUUUGGGUCUGUCAAGGAAGCGGUGACCCGUUUCGAAACAACCGGACCUUGGAUUCCCUUUUACAAUUUUGGAGAGGCUUAUAACAGUGCUGAAGACUUUGACAUAAAGAGAGUGGAGGAGGAAGCAGCGAAGUUGGAAAAGGAUUUGAUAGUGAAAGAACUCGAAACUCUUGACGUGCUUGAGGAACUGGGAGCUACCAAAGCAAUUUUGGAGGAAUUAAAGAAGCAGCUACAAUCAGAAGCAUUGAAUUGUUUUGCAACUCCGGGUGGGAAUUCAUGUGAACAGAUUGGAGUUCCUGUUAAAAAUUGUGUGAAUGAUAUUAACAAUGAGGAGCAGGCAUUACAAUGUAGGAGCCCGUGGGCUACUUUAUCACCUGAUCUGUUCAUGAUGGAGUUAAGACAAGCUAAAAUGAGCCUUGGUAAAACUAUAAGUGAUCUCAGGGCGAUACAGUCUUCUGUUGAAGCUUUGAAUAAGAAGAUGAAGAAGGAUAGGCUUUUUGUUGAGAGGACCCGUGAGAAGCUAGCAUCAAAGUUUGCUGCUGUAUCUGCUCAAGAAGUGGCCAGAAAAGAAGCAAGGUUAACUCCACCUGAAGCUACUGUAGGAACAAGUUGCACUUGUCAUCAUCUCCUAAAUGUUGGGAGGAGUUUCAAAUUUGAUACUGGACAGUCAAAUGGAAUGAGUGAAACAAGAAUAUCUGAAGUUUCAAGGCCCUUGCCUGAGUUUGGAGAGAAUGGAUUUAGUAUUAAGACUGCUGAGAUGAGGUGGUUUGCGGCUAAAAAGAUGGAAGAAGCCGCAAUAGCAGCAGAAGCUGUUGCUCUUGCUGAGAUUGAGGCUCUAUGCAGCCCUGAGAUAUCAUCAGAAUUUGCUCCUCCAGAAUGUCAGAAAAUGCCAUUUGCCAUAGGGGAGUGCUCUCCUCUGCACCCCAUAGUUCAAAUUCCUCAAGAGUCAACCUUGAAGAAGGUGAUAGAUUCCAAGUUCCAAGUUGACAAAAUAGGUUCUUCUAAAUUGACUAUUUUGAAAAAAUUAGAGGAAGCAACAGAAGAAGUUAUACGCAGCAAACAAGUCUUGACUGAGGCAUUAAACAGUGUUGAAAGUGCAAACAGAAAGCAACAUGCUGCUGAAGAGGCACUUCGGAGAUGGAUUCCUCAGGAUGAUCUAAUAGGUCAGCCAGUGGAUAACUAUGUUAAGCCCAAGAAGUUCGAUCAAUCUGGAAAUUGUCAUGAUUGUCCUCUACCGGAUGUAACCAGGUCGAUUACAAUGAACAACGAUCCGAAGCCGAUCUUAAUGUCUUCAGUUUCAAUGAGAGAUGUACUUAGCAAAAAGCAAGUUCCUGAAGAAUAUACUACAACUAAGGAGAUGGAAGAGCACUCUGAAAGAAAGGUAGCAUUGAGUCAAAUGCUUCGAGCAUUGAGGCAGGAUCAAACUCUGCCUACAAUACCAGAGAAAGAUGGGAGCAAUCAAAGGCAGUUCAUAGCACAGAGGAAAAAAAUUGGAUUCAUCCAAAUAUCACUUCCCUUGGGAAAGCGAAGCAAGAAAAAGGCAUGAAUUUAAUCCUAUUUCCUAUGCAUGGAUCAAUAUCCACAAUUCAUGCAUCAGUGUCUUGCCAUUCUUUAUUGAUUCUAAUGUUAUGUCUUCUUUGUAAAGUCAUACAGAAUUUAUGACUGAUUUUGUAAAAUACUCAUAUAGUGAGAUAAGGCUAUUGUUGUGGUUGUUUGGUUUUGUAAACUAAGUUUUUCCUGUGUGAUUGCUCACUUUAUGCAACUGGCCUAUGCUUUAACGAGCUAGUAGAUUUUACUGUUGUUGAUUGUUAGGAUUGAUCCACUCUAUCCCUCUCCCCAGUAAAGUACUAUGUUCUUCAAUGUU